AUGGCGGAGGCUGCAUCUAUCCGGUUCUUGAAAUGGGACCCUAUUUACGAGAAAGAACGCCCGUUCCAGAUCUUCAUGGAUCUCCUGCCUGAUGCCAAAGACCUGCGGAAGACCAACAUUUCCUGGGAUGAAGAGGUCAUUGGCGUCCAAGACUUCAGAGACCAAGCCACAGACUUCCAUCUCGAUACCCACGGGUUCACGUCUCGCCGUCUCCCGGGCUUCACCGAACUUUCCGACAAGGACACAAUCCAGGGGAAGUAUAUCCCCGAAAUCAAGGCAAUGCUCCAAAGAGAGCUAGGAGACGUCGGCACUGUGUUCGUCUUCGACUGGAGAAUCCGCAGCAGUCGCGACGAGACAACCACAGCGAAGAUCAACUUCAGCGACCAAACGCAGCCGCUUCUGCCGAGUAACUACGCCCAUAUAGACGCCGGCCCGAUGUCGGUGCUUCAACGCAUCCAGAACAGCUUCCCAAAUGAUGCAGCUAGAAUCCUUCGCCAGCGCAUCAGAGCCGUGAACGUGUGGAAACCGCUCUCGCAUCCCGUCGAGGAAUGGGCCCUCGCGGUCUGCGACGGCACGACGGUAAAGCCGGACGACCUCGUGGAGACCGACUCGAUCCGCCAGGGCAGCAUCAGUACGAACUACUACGUCAAGUACGACGAGGGCCAGAAGUGGUACUUCCUGAAGGAUCAGAAGCCCGAUGAGACGCUGCUAUUCAAGCACUUCGACUCGGAGCCCGGGGUCGAGGCACCCUUCGCCCUGCACUCCAGUAUCAGACACCACCAUGUCGCCGAGAACGCGAGGCCAAGGAGGAGCAUCGAGGUGCGCACGUUGAUCUUUUCCGAGCGGUUCGAGGGUGUCGGAGGGUGCUGA